AUGGAGGGUGAGCAAGAACAAUAUGAAUCACAAAACUCUCUCAAUAUGGAGACUGAGCAAGAACCACACGAACCACAAAACAAUCAAAGAGCCAGAGAAAUAUCAUACAAGAAGAGAAACCCAACUGUGAUGAGAAAAGCCAAUGAACUUUCUCAAUUGUGCAACAUCUCAGUUUGUGUGAUUUCUUAUGGGCCUGAUGGGAAUGUCAACACGUGGCCUGAAAGUCGAGAAGAUGUGGUAGAAAUACUCAACAAUUACAAAAACCACAGUGGAAUACAUAAAAAAUGGCCUUUCAGUAUCAGGGAAAACAAUAAUAUUAAUAAAGAAGGAGAAGGAGAAGAAGAUGUUGAUGAAGAAUCCGAAGAACAUGAGGAAAGGAACAAGGUAGAAGAAUUUGGUAAUGAAUUGAAAAAGUGGAAGAAUUGGCUUCGCGAAGAAAAUGAAGAGGCCUCACUGAAGAGAGGUUUUAAUAUGUUGAAAUCUAACCUUUGUGCUAUGAAAAACAGGUUGAAAUUACUUCAGAAUAGGAAGAGGAAGCGAAGCAAUGAUCAUAAUAAUAACAAUACUACGGACACACCCAAUGAUGACAGUAAUAGUUUUGAGGUGGGAAGUGGUAGUAGUUGUACAAGUACAACUAGAGCUAGAAUUGUUCAUGAUUUUGAUUUGAAUGAAGAGAUUUGUGUUGAUAAUAGUGGUGAUAACGAUGAGCAUCAGAAUGUUGGUUCAAUGGACGUGAGUACACCUCUAGAAGUUGAGCCCAUCUCGAUGUGGCCAAUGAUCACGCCAUAG